CCCUGAUAUUUGGUCAAACACUGGCAUUAAAAUUUUGGGAAAUGUGCUAAAACCCUCCUCAAGUCUAAGUUGAUGCUUGUUUACUGGGAGGGAUCAUUUUUGUAACAUAAGAAAACGUUCAAAUUCAUUCUUCCAUUGAUAAAUCUUUUGGAGUAGCUAGUUAUUGCACAAAGCUCGAAAUAUUUCCGUCUUAGUGCAUUAUAUUCUUGAAGGAAGAUUGUGUUCAUUGAAAUGGUAAGCGCUCUACAGCUGUUGCAUUGCUGUUAUGCUGAUAUCUUAAAGAAUUGCUUGGUCUGAUUUGGAGAAGAUUAUGGACAAGCUAUGUCAACAGAAUCUCAAUGAAAUCUGUAUUCCACCAAAUUCGAGUAUCAGAUGAUUACAACAAAGAUCUCCUGAGAAUUGAGAAACCAAUUACAGAUUUUAUACUGUGGAUAAGGAUGCCCAUGUGAAGACUUCACUUUACCAAACAGGGAAUGUACAUUUUUCUUCCUGCAAAGGCAGAGUUGACUUCCAGACGGUCCACCACAUUUAUCCGCAGUAAAGAUUGUUCUCUAAUAGCCAGUCCCAGGAUGCUUGACUUGUGCAUAUGGUAACUUCCAUGUUUAUAUUGACUAGGUACACAUAUAGUAAACUGUUACGAUAGAAAUCAAGACACAGUGAUUGACAUUGUCUGUUCCCGCUGGAAAUAUACGAUUGCUGGUAACUGUUUCUACAUUUGCUUCCUGGUUGACUUUUGCUAAUGAAGGAAAACAUAUCCAACCAGUUAAGAAAUAGCGGCUUACACUAAAGAUGGGGCUUUCUUUUGCAUAUUUUCUUACUUUAGCCAAAUGUGCGCACUGUGUGAAGAUUCAACUGAUGAAAUGCCAACCAAAUUACAGUAGGAGGAAUUCAAAGGUUGAAGUGCAAGGCUUUUCUACCAUUUCCACCUAUCACUAGGUUCUAAAUGAAUAUUUCCAGUACAGGUGUUCCUACCUCAUGCUGUCACACAAUUUCCUUAAUCAUCCAGCUUGUGCCAGUAGUUUUGAUGUAAAGAAGUAAAAGUAAUAUACAAAAAAUACAGAAAGAAAUCAAAACAAAUAUUUUGGGGAAUAAGUCCAAGUCUUCUCCACAUAUGAUUAUUAACAAAUUGGUCCUAUUCUCUGCUUCCAGGUGGCUCUGCACAGCUUCAACUCUUUCAAUCCUUCCUCCACUCUCUUCUCUCUAAUAUCUGCGAAAACUGCCCCUCUCUCCCCCUAGCUCCAGUCUUCUCCCUUUGUUUUGAAGAUAAUACAGACACGAGUCUCAAUUCUUCAUUAAUAUAAUUAAACUGUGACUGGAAGAAUGGUAGAGAAGAAUCUUGAAGGGGGUGACUCGUCUCAAGUUUCAUCUUUGUCUUCACCAGAAUCUGUGGGAAAUUCUGUGUUGACUAAGAUAACUGAAGGCACUAAUGAAGAUGACAGCAAUUUUCUUGAGAAAACAGUACGUGUCACUUCUAAGACACCAGUGCACCAAGAACUUCCUGCAAGCUUGACAUUGAUAGACAGCAAGAGCAAUCUGCAAGAAAUUUUGGUUGAACAAAAAGCUCCCAUUGGUGGUUCCGUAACUGGUUCAUCAGAAGUAGAUAACAGUCGGUUGCCAUCAAUAAAAGAAGAUUCUCGUAGUUUUCCAUCUGCCACUAAUGAAGUUGAUGAAUUAAAGGAAGCCAUCAGUGACAACAAGAGCAAUCUGCAAGAAUUUUUGGUUAAACAAAAAGCUCCCAUUGGUGGUUCCACAACUGGUUCAUCGGAAGUAGAUAACAGUGGGUUGCCAUCAAUAGAAGAAGAAUCUCGCAGUUUUCCAUCUGCCUCUCAUGAAGUUGAUGAAUCAAAAGAAACCAUCAAUGACAACAAGAGCAGUCUGCAAGAAAUUUCGGUUAAACAAAAAGCUCCGGUUGGUGCUUUCAUGACUGGUUCACCGGAAGUAGAUAACAGUGGGUUGCCAUUAAUAAAAGAAGAUUCUCAUAGUUUUCCAUCUGCUUCUGAUGAAGUUGAUGAAUCAAAGGAAACCAUCAAUGACAACAAAAGCAAUCUGCAAGAAAUUUUGGUUGAACAAAAAGCACCCAUUGGUGGCUCCAUAACUGGUUCGUCAGAAGUUGGUAACAGUGGGUUGCCAUCAAUAAAAGAAGAUUCUCAUAGUUUUCCAUCUGCCUCUAUUGAAGUUGCUGAAUCGAAGGAAGCCAUCAAUGACAACGAGAGCAAUCUUCAAGAAAUUUUGGUUGAGCAAAAAGCUCCUGUUGGUGGUUCCUUGACUGGUUCAUCGGAAGUAGAUAACAGUGGGCUGCCAUCAAUAAAAGAAGAUUUUCAUAGUUUUCCAUCUGCCUCUAGUGAAUUUCAUGAGCCAAAAGAAGCCAGCAAUGACAACAAGAGAAAUCUGCAAGAAAUUUUUGUUGAACAAAAAACUCCCAUUGGUGCUUUCAUAACUGGUUCAUCGGAAGUAGAUGACAGUGGGUUACCCUCAAUAAAAGAAGAUUCUCAUAGUUUUUCAACUCCCUCUAAUGAAGUUCAUGAAUCAAAGGAAGCCAUCAAUGACAACAAGAGUAUUCUGCAAGAAAUUUUGGGUGAACAAAAAAUUCCCAUUGGUGCUUUCAUAACUGGUUCAUCGGAAGUAGAUUACAGUGGGUUACCCUCAGUAAAAGAAGAUUCUCAUAGUUUUCCAUCUGCUUCUAAUGAAGUUGAUGAAUCAAAGGAAGCCAUCAAUGACAACAAGAGCAAUCUGCAAGAAAUUUUUGUUGAGCAAAAAGCUCCUAUUGGUGGUUCCAUAUCUGGUUCAUCAGAAGUAGAUAACAGUGGGUUGCCAUCAAUGAAAGAAGAUUCUCACAGUUCUCCAUCUUCCUCUAAUGAAGUUGAUGAAUCAAAGGAAGCCAUCAAUGACUUGAUGGCAAUGCAAUCUUCAGGAGAAAACACACAUGCAACGCCGCAGACUUCAGUUAGCUCAAGAGAAGACGUCCAGUGUGCACCCUUGCGCAAGGUUCAAAAUGGUGCUUCCAGUUCUGAUUCUGAGAAGACACCUGCUAUUUUAACAAAGGUGAAAGAAGAAAAACCACGGGUAAUGCCUAGAUGGUCUGAGCGCCAAAUGAGCCUACGAGACACUCGACAGAAAGUUCCUGCACCUGUGAGGAGAUUGAGCAGGGCUGAAACCUUUGUUGAUACAACGAACCCCAUUGAGUCAGUGAAGAUGGCUGCCUCAAAAUUUGGUGGUAGCGUGAACUGGAAAAAACGUAGAGCACUACCGGUGCAGGUGAAUGACCAUGUCAAACUCGAGGUUGGUAUGCUGAAGAACGAAAUUUCAAAGUGCAAAGAGCAAGCAGAGGCCGCAGAGGCUGCAAAGCUGUCUGUAUUCAAUGAGAUAGAGAGAACAAAUAAGCUUAGCGAAGUCCUGAAACGUGAUCUGGAGAGGGCACAACAUGAAGAGGCAGAUGCCAAGGAGGAUCUGGAUUUCUUUCAAUUUAUUGUACCAGAGAUGGAGGAAGGAGGAGUUAGCAGUGAUGAUAGUGUUGCAGGCAAGGAGAUUUUGAAAAAUAUCCAAGAACGUCACAAAGUACUGGUGUCCAAACUGAAUUUGGUUAAUGAUGAGUUAAAAAGGGUUCAGGAGGAUUAUGAUUCUUUACUGAUCGAACAUGACACUUCCACCGAAAAAUCUCGGGCAGCCAUCACAGUGUCCAUAGAGACUGAGAGGCAAGUAGAGGAGCUCACUGUAGAGCUCAACAAACUGAAUGAAGUGCUGGAUUUGGCUCAUGCUACGUGCCAUGAUGCUGAAGAAAAGAAGGUGUGUAUGUCCUUAUCUCGAGAUGAGGACUGUCUUAAAUGGGAAAAAGAUCUAACUCAAGCAGAAGAGGAAAUGAGUCAACUCAACAAGAAGCUUUCUUCUGUUGAGGACCUGAAAUCAGAGCUUGAGACAAACUCCAAUUUAAUGGUCAAGUGCAACGAAGAGCUAACUGUAUAUUUGGAGGCAAAGCUAAUUGAAGAAGCACAAGCACAAGGAACCAGAAAUCAUGAGACCAUGCAAGAAGAAACCAUUUUAUCAAGAAAUGAGCUCGAGGAGCACAUGAAGAGCAUUGAUAAGGCGAGAGAUGAAGUAUGCACCCUGAAAAUUGCUGCUGCAUCGCUUCAGUCAGAGUUAAGAAAAGAGAAAGAAGCACUUGCCGCCAUGCAGCAGCUUGAAGCAACGGCAUCAACUACCAUCAGCUCUCUCGAGGUGGAGAUUAAGCUGGCACAACUGGAACUGGAAGCGGUUCAGGCCAAGGAAAAGGAAUCCCGCGAUAGAACGGGUGAGUUUCCCGGGAUUCUGCAAGCUGCAGCCCAGGAGGCUGAUGAGGCGAAGUCUGUUGCUAUGAAAGCACAGGAGAUGCUAAGAAUGAACAAGGAGGAAAUGGAUCAAGUGAAGGCUGGCCUGAGUACCAUGGAAUUCAGGCUCCAAUCAGCUCUGAAAGAGAUGGAAGCAGCAAAAGAGUCUGAGAGGAUGUCGCUUGAGGCUCUCAGAGCGUUGGAGGAGAGCGAGCUUGCAGCAAACAUCGCAGAACAAGGCUCUCCUCGAACGAUCACACUCGACUUUCAUGAGCACGCAACUCUUGUCAAGAAGGCCCAUCAGGCAGAAGAGCGCGCGCACGAGAAGACAUCCUGUGCGACCGCACAGGUUAAGAUGGCCAAGGAGUCCGAGUCUCUCAUCUUAUCAAGACUCGGCGAAGCCUACAAGGUUCUGGAAGAACGGAAGCAAUCACUUCUCACUGCCACAAAGCGGGCUGAUACUGCCGCCAGAGGCAAGCUGGCCAUUGAACAAGAACUGAGGACAUGGAGGGAGGAGCACGCUCAGCGUCGUAAGGCAGGCGAAGCUUCGAGAUCUGAAACUAAACCUUCAAACACGGCUGUGGUCAUCUUUGAACGCGACGGGGAUACCAGGGGCACCUGCAAAGAAGAUAGCUGUGCCCUGGUUCAUCCGGUAUCCGAUCCGUCAGCCAGUAACAGUCCUGCUUUGCACGGGAAGACUAGCCGAACAAAGAAGCCUCCGUUCCUACGCCGCAUGAUGAUGUUCCUGGCCAGGAGGAGGCUUAAAGCGGCGGAAUAAUGUAUUGUACAGUAUUAUCUUCUUGGUCAUCUGUUAGAACUGUGAGGAUUGGUGUGCAUUUUGCAGUAGGCUAAGUAUGUACUAGUGUUUACUCGACUGGCGUGCUGCGGUCUGCAGAACUUUCCGAUCAUUUGCUGUAAAGUCUCAACGGAAAUGAUUCUACGGAAAAGUUCAGAAAGCAGGAUUGUAAAUUUGUAAUGUGCCGAAUUCUGUGUUCGCUUGUAACUUGAAUGCCGAGAAUUUCAGUGGUCUGAAUGCAUCUGAAAAAUGCCCCAAUCCUGUAGUUAUUAUCC